GAUUUACCUGUAACUAUUUUUAAGUAAUAGAGAACAUUAGAACAGUGAGUUUGUAUCUUUGUUUUCUCAAAUAAAGAUUUACCUGUAACUAUUUUUAAGUAAUCAGCUAGAUUUUUUAAUACAUAAAACCAAGUAACUAUUUUUAAGUAAUCAGCUAGACAAAACCCUUUGUACGUGAUGAUAUGGACUGAUCAGCAAUGAAGUGCUUGUGGAAAACAAUGUACAACCCGUUGUGCAGCCAGAGCCUUCUAUCAGAGGAACUAAUAUGGAUAAGGGUACCAUUUUGAAAACAAUGCCCCCGGAGCCAUCAUCUCAGAACCCAAGCAUGCAAAUAGCAAUUAUCCGCCAUGUGGUUUCUAGAAUAUUAUUACACAAUACCAUAUAUGACGUUGUUCCCCUUUCUAGCAAGUUAACAGUUUUGGACACUCAGCUUCCUGUUAAACAAGCAUUUAAAAUAAUGCAUGAUGAGGGUCUUGCUCUGGUUCCUCUUUGGGAUGACCGCCAGGGAACCAUAACAGGCAUGCUCACUGUAUCAGAUUUUGUUUUAAUCUUGAGAAAGGGGAUAUUGUGCAUUGGUGUGCUAAAACGUUCUAGGCAGCAGAAAGCAAUAUCACGGGAGCAAGCAGCCAAAGAUCUGCAAGUAAGUACUUGGUUCAUACUUCAAAUGUGACAUCAUGGAAUCCUUUGAUUGGAUAUUUCUUUGUUUUGAGCUAUUGUCUUUUCGGUCUUUAAGAUACCCUUUUUGUGGCUUGUGCCUAAAUUUACUCACUGUUGCUCAGUUUCUUCUUCAGUAGUUCAAUUAUUCCUCUUUCAGUUACUGUGUCAUAAGAUUAUUCUUUUCCUGCAGCCCUGCUUGUUUUGCUUCCCCUGUAUAGUUCAGGCGGUGUAGCUCAUUAGAAAAUAGAAAUAUAAAAAUCUGGCUUACAAAAAUGGUGCCCCUCUUUAACACAAAAUGAUCACCCUGUUCUGCAGUGUUUAUGCGUGUUGAAUUUAGAAUGCUAUGUUAUAAUUAUCCCGGGCCAUAUUGCAUGAAGUAUAAUAUGUGCUAACAGGAGAACUGUAUCUGGUUUCUAAAAGAGAGUAUGCACAACCUGCAAGAACGAUAAUGGUGCCACAGACCAUUAUUAUUUUGUUGAUCAUAGCCAACAAAGUCCAUUGGAUAGUGAAUUGCCAAAACCGCUCCACUUAGUUUCUAGGUUCAGGGUGUAGCCUAUAAAUAGCACAGGCAUAUUUUUGGGUCUGUACAUUGUUACUGCCAGCUCAUCUUUCCUCAUUUUCUCAAUUCGUAUGGUGUUUCAGGAGUUGGAGAAAUGGAGAGAAGAACAUGAGGCAUUGUUACUUGCUGAAUGGUCGGAGUUGGUCUGAAGGCUGACCACUGUGAUCUAACAAUUUCUCUUCUGUUGUAGAUAAAUGCUUUGUUUCUUCUUUUUCUAACGAUAGCAUACUGCUUGGUCAUGACCCUGAGUCAUUCAUCCAGAAGCCACUUGAUUGAAGUGUAUCUUCUUUAGUUU